GGCGCGAGGUUUCAAGAUGGCGGUGGCUAGGUGGCUGACCGAGAAGCAGAGGUGAAGGCCCCUAGCAAGUGAAGGAGGCCGAAAAUUGCCCCCCUCCCCGCUUCUCCCGGUCCCGGAAUUCCGGAAGAAGUUUUUUUUUUUUUUUUAAUGAAUUGGUAAACUACAAAGAUCGUCAACAUGGGACGGAGAUCAACAUCAUCCACCAAGAGUGGAAAAUUUAUGAACCCCACAGACCAAGCUCGAAAGGAAGCCCGGAAGAGAGAAUUAAAGAAGAACAAAAAACAGCGCAUGAUGGUUCGAGCUGCAGUUUUAAAGAUGAAAGACCCCAAACAGAUUAUCCGGGACAUGGAGAAAUUGGAUGAAAUGGAGUUUAACCCAGUGCAACAACCACAAUUAAAUGAGAAGGUGCUGAAAGACAAGCGUAAAAAACUGCGUGAAACUUUUGAACGCAUUCUACGGCUCUAUGAAAAAGAGAAUCCAGAUAUUUACAAAGAGUUGAGAAAGCUAGAAGUAGAAUAUGAACAGAAGAGGGCUCAACUUAGCCAAUAUUUUGAUGCUGUCAAGAAUGCUCAGCAUGUGGAAGUGGAGAGUAUUCCUUUGCCAGAUAUGCCACAUGCUCCUUCCAACAUCUUGAUCCAGGAUAUUCCCCUUCCUGGUGCCCAGCCACCCUCCAUCCUUAAGAAGACCUCAGCCUAUGGUCCUCCAAAUCGGGCAGUUUCUAUACUUCCUCUUCUUGGACAUGGUGUUCCACGAUUGCCUCCUGGCAGAAAACCUCCUGGUCCUCCUCCUGGUCCUCCACCUCCUCAAGUCUUGCAGAUGUAUGGCCGUAAAGUAGGCUUUGCCCUAGAUCUUCCUCCUCGUAGGCGAGAUGAAGACAUGUUAUACAGUCCUGAACUUGCUCAACGAGGUCAUGAUGAUGAUGUUUCCAGCACCAGUGAAGAUGAUGGUUAUCCUGAGGACAUGGAUCAGGAUAAGCAUGAUGACAGCACUGAUGACAGUGACACUGACAGAUCUGAUGGAGAAAGUGAAGGGGAUGAAUUUAUGCACCGUGAUGAUAAUGAGAGAGACACCAAUGAAGAGAAAAAGUCAGGUCUAAGUGUACGAUUUGCAGAUAUGCCUGGAAAAUCAAGGAAGAAAAAGAAGAAUAUCAAGGAACUGACUCCUCUUCAAGCCAUGAUGCUUCGAAUGGCAGGCCAGGAAAUCCCUGAGGAAGGACGAGAAGUGGAGGAAUUUUCAGAGGAGGAUGAUGAAGAUGAUUCUGAUGACUCUGAUACAGAAAAACAAUCACAAAAACAACAUAAAGAAGAGUCUCUUUCUGAUGGCACAUCCACUUCUUCACAGCAGCAAGCCCCCCCACAGUCUGUUCCUCCUUCUCAGAUACAAGCACCCCCCAUGCCUGGACCACCUCCGCUUGGACCACCACCUGCUCCACCUUUACGGCCACCUGGACCUCCUACAGGCCUUCCUCCUGGACCACCUCCAGGAGCUCCUCCAUUCCUGAGACCACCUGGAAUGCCAGGACUGCGUGGGCCUUUACCUCGACUUUUACCUCCAGGACCACCACCAGGCCGUCCCCCUGGGCCUCCUCCAGGGCCCCCUCCAGGUCUGCCUCCUGGCCCUCCUCCUCGGGGACCCCCACCAAGGCUACCUCCCCCUGCACCUCCAGGUAUCCCUCCACCUCGUCCUGGCAUGAUGCGCCCACCUUUGGUGCCUCCACUUGGACCUGCCCCACCUGGGCUUUUCCCACCAGCUCCCUUGCCGAACCCAGGGGUUUUAAGUGCUCCGCCCAACUUGAUUCAACGACCCAAGGCGGAUGAUACAAGCGCAGCCACCAUUGAGAAGAAAGCCACAGCAACCAUCAGUGCCAAACCACAAAUCACCAACCCCAAGGCAGAGAUCACUCGAUUUGUGCCCACUGCACUGAGGGUGCGCCGGGAGAAUAAAGGGGCUAGUGCUGCUCCCCAAAGAAAGUUAGAGGAUGAUUCUGCUGUGCCUCUUGCCAAAGCAGCCCCCAAGUCUGGUCCUGCUGUUCCUGUCUCAGUACAAACUAAGGAUGAUGUUUAUGAAGCUUUCAUGAAAGAGAUGGAAGGACUACUGUGACAGCAUUUGAUUCCAGAAAAGGCUUCUUUCAUAUUAGUGAUUCAUGGAAAAAGAGGCUCUUAUUAAGCUUAAAGAGCUGCUUUCACUGUCAGGGUAUUUUCUAAUUUCAGUUUAAGGAAUAUCCUAACAUUUAACAUUGAUCAGAAGUUACUACAUAUAAGAGAGACUGACAAUAGGUUGGUUAUUGAAGCAGUGCUGCUAAUAACAUCCAUUCUCUGUCAUACCACCAUUUUCAUCCCAAUUCUUCCCUUUUUCCAAUUCAUUGACAAUUCUGACCUUUGUUACUUAAUUUGCUGUGAUUCCCUUGUGCUCUGGGCACUGGAGAAGAGAUUUCUGGAGGGGAAAAAAAGGUUAUUUCACCCCCAUCUUGGCCUUUUGUGUUUUCGAGUUACUCUUAAUAUUUUCUUGUAAAUAUUUUGUAAUAUUGUAGUGAAAUGGAUCACAAUGUCAUUUCCUAAUACAGAGCAAGAUAUGUGGGAAGAAAUUGUACAAUUUGAUUAAAAUUAUUUCCCACUGACCUAAACUUCUAAGUGUUUCAUGAAAUAAAUAAAUGUUCUACACCAA